AUAAUUAACAAACUGAUAUUUCUGUCGGGCGUUCGAAUUUAGUAUUACGCAAUCGUAUUGCGCGGUCCGCGUUAUACCAGCCGAGCAUGUGACGGCAGGCAUACUUGUUAGUGUCAACGUGGUGGCAAGAAGUCGCUAAUCAUGACAUUACAUUCAAGUUUCACGAACAAAAUAUUGAGUUGUUUACGAGCCAAUUCUUCCAUAACGUUUCUGAAUGGUGGCAAAUCAUUUUCUUCGAUGACACAAAGUCAUGCCAUACAGGAAAGAAAAGUUGAUGUCGACGGAGUGGAUAUCAAUUACUUGAGUGUUGGGAUCGGUAAACAUCCAGUUUUGCUUCUACCUGGUGCUGCAGGUUCCAUCUGGACGGACUUUAAACCACAAAUAGAGGGCCUCAGCAAAGAGAAGUUUACCAUAGUUGCAUGGGAUCCGCCUGGCUAUGGAAAGUCAAGGCCACCCGACAGGACAUUUCCAGACGAUUUCUUUGAACGCGAUGCCGCUUGGGCCCGUAAUUUAAUGAAAGUUUUAGGCCACGAAAAAUUUUCGUUGAUAGGAUGGAGCGAUGGCGGCAUCACUUCGUUGAUACUCGCCGCGAUGUAUCCCGAAAAUAUUCGAAAGAUGGUAGCCGUUGCAGCCAACUCCUACAUGGCUCUGGAAGAAAUCGAAAUUUACAAGAAAUUCAGAGACAUCAACACUUGGUCGGAGAAAAUGCGAGCACCAAUGAUAGCGAUAUAUGGGGAGGAGUAUUUUCGGAAAAUUUGGACAGGCUGGGUCGAUAGCGUUUCGAGAAUUUACGAGAAGCGAAACGGUAACUUGUGCAAAGAAUUGCUGUCGAAAAUCAAAUGUCCGUCUUUGAUCGUUCAAGGAAAGAGGGAUGCAAUGGUUUUCGGGGAGCAUCCGAUUUAUUUAAAGGAUCACAUCGCCGAAGCAAAAUUGAAGAUAUUUGAAAAUGGAGCGCACAAUCUACAUUUACGAUAUCCAGAAGAAUUUAAUGCUCUUGUUACCGAAUUUUUAACCGAAUAAUUCUCGACAUUGUAAUUGGGUUUUAUACGCCCCGCACGGUUAUUUCUAUCUUUUUAUAUGAGAAUGUAUCGAUGAUUUUUUAUGUUAUAUAACAAUGAUAUUUUCAAGUACCGAAUACGUAUUUAAAUAUUUCUUUAGCAGUAUCUAUUUGUAAUUAACACAUUGCCAACCGACUGGAGAGAUCCGUAUCUUUGUGUCAUAAUGCAUUAUACGUUUACAAACAUAUACAUAUACAGGGUGCGGUCGAAUAACAUGUACAUAUUAGCGGGCACCAGGUGGUUCCUUAUGAAAAAAUAAGAACAAAAUAUGGAAUAAAAUUUGUUCGUUUAAAGCUUAGUUUUCAGGGAUAAUAUUCGUUCUAGAAUAAAACACACUGAAUACAUAUGUACAUAUACAUAUGUAUACA